CCAGGCUACUCAGCCGCCCUAUCCCAAAACGCCUUUGGCGUAGGUCCCGGCGCCGGCGCCGGUCCCGCCUGCGGCACCUGCUGGAAACUGACCGCCCUGACCGAUUCCUCCGGCAACAAGCUCUCCAACUCUGGAAACAGCAUUGUAGUCCAAAUCACCAAUUUGUGUCCAGCGAAUGGAAAUCCUCUAUGCUCUCAAAACGGCUUGGGAGGAACUAAUCAAUAUGGUGCUAAUUUGAACUUUGACCUUUGCUUGAAUAGUGGUGCCAACACGGCUUUGUUUGGGAAUUCGGGGGUUGGGUUGGCGGUGGGGAGUGCGGUGCAGGUUUCUUGUAGUCUGUGGAGUGGUACUGUUAUCCGUUGA